GGACGCAGACUUCCCUAGAAACGGGUAGUUAACUACAUAAACACUGCAUAAGAAAUGUUGUAGCUCGUAAGCUAGCCUGAUAGCUAGCUAUGUUAGCUACUAUCACUUAUGAAAAUUAAAUGACUUUCAUUAUUAAACGUCUGAUGUACAGGAACUCCGUGUCAUCAAUACAUGUCACCUGAAAGGAAAUCAUGACCCAGAGUGAAAAGCAAAAACCCACCAGUGAUGAAGAAGUCAUCAAGGAAUUGUGCAUUAGCAACGGCAUAUCCUAUGAGAAGGUGUCCCAAGAUGGAAGCAACAUCAGGUCUCUGGAGAUGUUUUUCUCAGGGUAUCCGCGCAUGGUGGGACUGUCCCUGUUCCCCAGGCUAAGCCAGCUGAUAGUGGUGGGCCAGAGUGUGAGCCACAUAGAGGGCCUGGAAUUUUGCCCUCUGCUUCAGGAGCUCUGGGUAGUGGAAUGCCAGCUGACGAACGUCUCUGGACUCCAAACUUGCCGUCAGUUACAGAAGCUGUACAUUUAUGACAAUAAGAUCAGUAAGAUUGAAAACUUGGAAAUGCUGGACAGCCUGGAGGUCUUAUGGAUCAACAGCAACUGCAUUACUCUCAUUGAGGGGCUGGAUACUCUCCUAAAUCUGAGAGAACUGAACCUUGCUGACAACGCUAUUGAAAGAAUUGGACACGGUCUUGAUUGUAACUCUGGGCUUGAAAAUCUAAAUUUAUCAGGAAAUAAAAUCAGCUCCUUUAAGGAGCUCACGCACCUGGCACGUCUUCCCAGCCUGACGUCACUGGGGCUGAAGGACCCGCAGUCCGUCCCCAACCCCGUGUGUCUGCUGUGUAACUACGCCACGCACGUGCUCUACCACAUGCCCGGCCUGCAGAGGCUGGACACCUACUACGUUUCCAACAGGCAGAUAAAGGACACGGCGGAGUCCACUGUGAUGAAGAAGAUGAUGUAUUACAAUAUGCGGGUGAAGUCUGCACAGAGACAGCUGGCUAAGACACAGGCCAAACUGCUGGAGCACAAGAAGAAACUCAUGAAGCUGCCAGAGGAGCGAAUCAGGGCUUUCAGCUACGCCCUCAAACAGCUGGAAGGCGAGCUGGCAGAGGUGCAGAUGCACAGGAAGUCUGCGCGCACCUGGGAGACCGGCCCUUCCUCUCAGGCCGAGGAAGCCAGCGAGUCCGACGCCGCGCCCGAUGACAUCACCAGGGACCCCAGGCUGGAGUACAAACUCCACUGCAAACUGGGCGCGGUGAAAGAGAGGCUGAGAGUAUGGAUGCAGAGACUGGAGGAUAUUGAGACCCAUCACCAGCAGAGCCUAACCCUGGCCACAGAGAGGAAGGAGCUGAUGGUGCACUUCCUGUUAAUGGAGCUGGAGACGGUGGGGAACAUCCGCUUCGAGGAGGGCAGCCCCUCUGACCCCUGGUUCAGCUCCUGCUACGACCUCGUCCUGUCGCGCUUCUGCGUCUGGGACUUCAGCGGCCACGGCAUCACCGGGAUCAAGAUCAACGGCAUCAUCCGCAUCCACAACCGCGCGCUGCGGCUGCGCUUCGAGGACAAGCUGCACGUCCUGCUGGCCAGCGAUGAGUCCACCAUUUUCUCGCAGACCCGUGUGGUGGUUUCAGCAGACGCUGUGAAGGACGCCUCUGCGCUCGAGCGCUCCUCCGACCUUCCCCUUCCCUCCUCUUUCCCGCGCAGAAACUACAAGCGCUGGCUGGAGUACCUGUUCUACGUGUACGACCCGGAGCGCACCGACGGGAACGAGUUCCUGCACAUCCCCGAGGAAGGCUUCAGAACGGCGGACGGGUACAAGGCUCUGGGGAGAGAGAGGGCCGUACCGUUGUCCAACAGCCUGAGCGUGUGUGAGAAGCUCAGGAUGGAGUACGCGCUCAAACAGGCGCGGGCCAGGGGGAGGCGCUGUGGUGACUCCCUCCCUUUCAGACACGGCCAGAUCCUGGUGGCCAAGGUGUUCCUGGGACGCAGCACGUCAGCUCGGGAAGGGGUGGAAGUGGACCCCGAAAAGUACUCCAAAGUGCACUCUGUCUUCCGCAGCGCCAGAAAGGACUCAGAAAAGCUCUGCUCCGCUAAACACCACAACAGCUGUGAGUGCAGCCUUCGCCAGUGCCAGUGGUACGUCUUCGACCACGAGCUGGUCCUCCCAGAGUACCUCAUCGACUUUGACUACGUCACUCAGGACAGAAACCAGUGCGGGUUCCUGGAGCAAAAGCCCUCCAGCAACACAGAGGUAUCCGCCCAGUGCUCCCCGGACGCCAGCCUGGACGAGGAGGCCCUCGGCAUGGAGCCCGUCCUCCAGCCCAGGCCCAAGAUGCCGAGCCUGGAUGAGAAGGCCCUGCUGGCAGUGGCCCGGGCCAACGUGCUGAGCCAGAUCACCGUCCUUAAUCUCCAUGGCAACAGCCUGAGCAGGCUGAAGGAGAUCUCGCGCCUCACAGCCCUGCGGCGGCUGACCGUCAGCUUCAACGAGCUCACACAUCUGGACGACAUCUCGCAUAUGCCCAACCUGGAGUUUGUGGAUGCGAGCCACAAUCGCCUGGUGACCCUGGAGGGCCUCCGGGGGCUGGGCCGGCUCAAGCAGCUGGACCUGCGCUGGAACCAGCUCAGCCGGACCAGGGAGGAGACCAGCGUGCUGCGAAAGCAUGCGCCCGCCCUGCUGCGCCUCCACAUCCGCCACAAUCCCUGGCUCAAGCCUGGGACGGUGCGGACCACGGUGCUGGGCCGCCUGAAGACGCUCACGCACCUGGACGACCAGCUGGUGACUGAGGAGGAGGCUGCUGCUGCAGUGCAGAUUGCUGCUGACUCCAGAAUUAACCAGGCUGCCCUGUUGGCCCACUCCCGGACCGACCCGGACCGGCCCCGCAGCCUCAGCCUCCUCUCUGCGGCCCAGCUCUUGACCCAGCUCAGCCCAAACCCCUGGGACCUUAGCGGCCUACUGGAACCGGGCUGGACCUCCAAGAUCACUGCCCUCAACCUGGAUGGUCAGAGGCUCUCUCGGCUCACCAACCUGGACAAACUGGUCAACCUGCGCUGGGCGUCGUUCAAUAACAAUGACAUCACCAAGGCAGAGGGGCUGGACAGCUGCCAGCAUCUGGAGGAGCUGUCCCUCAACGACAACUACAUCUCCAGAAUGGACGGUGUGUCCAAACUGCACCGCCUCACCCGCCUGAGCAUGAACGGGAACCAGCUGACCAGUCUGGACGGGGGCGUCCUGGACCGGCUUCCCAACCUCCACUUCCUGUCUUUGGAGAACAACGGCAUCAGCUCCCUGCAGGGCGUCCAGCGCGCCCGCUCCCUCUUCGAGUUCUACAUCGGCAACAACCGCAUCUCCACCACCAGGGACGUCUAUCACCUGAAGAGCCUGACAAACCUCAUCAUCCUGGAUCUAUAUGGGAAUCCUCUGGUGGAAAAACAGGAAAACUACAGAAUAUACGUGGUGUUCCACCUGCCCUCUCUCAAGGCUUUGGAUGGGGUUGCAGUGGAGACGUCGGAGUGCGAGAACGCCAAGGACGUGUUUGGAGGGCGGCUGACUCUUGACAUGGUGACAGAGAAGCUGGGUCACUCCAACUACUCAGACAUCUCCCAGCUGGACGUGCAGUCCUCCUCUAUCAGGACCGUGGACCUGACCCCUGGAGAUCUGUUCAGCAAUCUACAGCAUGUCAACCUGGAGCGAAACAAUCUCACCUCCUUCAGCGGCCUCGUCUACUUACCCAAAAUCAAGGCGCUGCAUUUGAAUUACAACCACAUUGAGUCCAUCCUGCCCAGACAGAAGGCCCAGGCCCAGGCCCACCUGACCAACAGGCAGAUUCUGUACCAUAAGGUCAUUUCCAGCGGCUACGGGCAGCAGGCCAUGUCCAAGGGCAGCAGGGAUGCGGGCCCUGGAGACAGCCUGGAGCCACUAAUGACAAACCUGGAGGUGUUGCAUUUGAGCCACAAUGGCAUCUCCAACCUGGCCAAUCUGCAGCUCAGCAGGCUGACCAAUCUCAAGGCGCUCUUCCUCCAAGCCAAUGAGAUCACCCAGGUGGAGGGGCUGGAGGGGCUGCUGCAGCUGCGAGAGCUGGCCCUGGACCGCAACCGCAUCAAGGCCCUGGGGGAGACCUCGUUCAGCGGCCAGGGCGUCCUGCUGGAGCUCCACCUGACCGAGAACCGCCUGCGGGAGCUCAGCAACCUGCACCCGCUCGGCCAGCUGCGCAGGCUCUUCCUGGGCGUGAACAAGCUGCAGGAUCUCUCUGAGAUUGACAAGCUGGAGGCCCUCCCCUCUCUCACCGAGCUGUCUGUGGUGGGGAACCCUGUGGCCCGCCGCUCCCAGCACCGGUCCUCGGUGGUGCUGCGGCUCUCCCGGCUGCAGGUGCUGGAUGGCACGGCCGUGACGCUGGAGGAGAGGACCCGCGCAGAGCUGGCCUACGCUGAGACUCAGUGCUCUCUGCCCACUAGCGCCGCCCCGGAGGCCAACGUGCCCUGCCUGCUGCCCUUCAUGCCGCGAGGCGUCCCGCUGCGCAGCACCACCAUCGCGCUCCCUCACCUGCUGGGGCAGGACGGACAGCUGCCCUUCGGCCUGGAGGAGGCGCCGCUGAGCGACCCGCCCAGACACAAAGCAAACGGGAGGCAGAAGCAAAAUGGCGGGUUCAUCCCCCCGCAGUGCCGCAGUGGCCCGCCAGAAAUGGCCUUCCGACAGCUCCGAGGGGUGGUGGCCCUCCCCACCACAUGCCUCCUUCCCAACGGCCACAGGGUCGUCAUCCCGUACCCCCACCAGCAAGAGCAGGACGGCAGGUGCCAGAGUGCUUCCAAACCACCAUCGAUGUAGCACGGUAACCACAGGGCUAGUACCAAAGCGCAAGUCCGAUGGGAGAGGCUGGAGUUAGUGCGAUGCCUGGAGCCCCCGCUCUGUCUCUUUCAGGCUGUGGGGCCCCACUAUGGGCUGUUACAUAAAGGAGAAUGAGGAGUCCUAGGCCAGUCAUGUUCAUUGUUACACUUUUUGAAUUUUACUUAUUUAUUAAUGUUUAUUUGAUACAUGAAACCUAUGUGGAAGUGGAAGUGCUAUAAAGAAAAUUUUAAGUGAAAAUUC